CGGCGUACCGCUGUCAAGAUUAUUGUGGCGAGCGGUGUCGUUAGCUGUCGCUAACUGUGUUUGGAAGAAAUGACGUGAAACGUUAUUGAGCAAUUGUAUCAUCUGACUGUAUUUCGAGCCUUCUGGCAGAUGUAGAUCGAAUGUACAGGCAUUGUGCAGCAAGGAAAUAAAGCGGCAUUGCUAAGUAGCUGUGUAUAUUCUGAUUCAGGCUUAGCAGGCUAACUGGCUAGCAGGGAUGUUCGUAGGAAAAUCAUAACCGCCUACAGGGUUCAGUGCCGCAGCUGUCCACUAACGUUCGCUGUAACAUCAUGAAUUUUGUCCGUCUUGUGUGCCGCCACAAAACUGCCCUGGCCCUUGGCGUCCUUUGCUGCUUCGCCGCAGUCCUUCUCUUCCUCGCUAAAUGCACCUCGGAGACGUUGAAGCCGGCUGAGAUGCCGGGCAGAGCGCCAAGGGCUGAACCUCGGCGUGACCACCUGCCCACGGCACCGGCACCCAAGGAGCACUCGGCCUUCCUGGUGGUCCUCAUUACCACGGGGCCCAAGUACACCGAGCGCCGCAGUAUCAUCCGCAACACCUGGCUGGCCAAGGUGCAACCAGACGUGCUUGCCCGGUUCGUCAUCGGCACCGAAGGCCUGCCGCCCGAGGACCUGCAGAGCCUGACCGCAGAGCACGGCCGCCACCGUGACCUCCUCCUCCUCCCGGAUCUCCACGACUCCUACGAGAACCUCACCCAGAAGCUCAUUCACAUGUACUCUUGGCUGGACCAGAAGGUGGACUUCAGAUUCGUUCUGAAGGCCGACGACGACACCUUCGCCCGCCUGGACCUGCUCAAGGAGGAGCUGAAGGAGAAGGAGCCCCGUCGCCUCUACUGGGGCUUCUUCUCGGGACGCGGCCGAGUCAAGACCGCCGGUAAGUGGAAGGAAAGCACGUGGGACCUCUGCGACUAUUACCUCCCGUAUGCCCUGGGUGGCGGCUACGUGCUCUCAGCGGACCUGGUGCACUACGUGCGCCUCAACGCUGCCUUCCUAAAGACUUGGCAGAGCGAGGACGUGUCGCUGGGCGCAUGGCUUGCCCCUGUCGACGUGAAGCGCCUACACGACCCGCGCUUCGACACGGAGUAUAAAUCACGGGGCUGCAGCAAUAAGUACCUGGUGACGCACAAGCAGAGCUUGGAGGACAUGCUGGAGAAGCACCAGACGCUGCAGAGGGAGGGGCACCUGUGCAAGGAGGAGCUGAAGCUCCGCCUCUCAUAUGUUUACGACUGGAACGUACCGCCCUCCCAGUGCUGCCAGCGCAAAGACGGCAUCCCCUGACUCCAGACUCCGAUCCCCUCGACAACAACACGCUAUCGUUGCUAUUUAUUUAUUUAUUUAUUUAUUUAUUUAUUUAACAGUGUUGUUUACAUGUCACAAACCACAUGGACGCUUUGGAGGGUGUUCCAUAGAGAAUGUAAACUUAUGAGAGACUGAGAAAUGAAAUAUGGCAUAGCUGAGUUUCUCUUCCUUACUGAGCUGUUCGCUACCUGGAUGUAGAGAAUUAUGUGAGAAGCCCUUUGAGAUCACAGAUUUGGCAUGCUGUAUGGCCUUAAGACCCAAACCUGAUCACCGCUGAAUGUCCUGUCAAACACUCUCUUUUGCACACUAACAAAUAAUCUACUUUAGAGUAACAUUGCUGUGCCCACACACAAUGAGCCAUUUUAUGCAUGCCAUAUGUUUUGCCAUACUUGAAGGCUGCUGAUGUGAGCUGCCUGUUCAGUUGUUAGAGAGAAGCAGGCAAUGUUGUGUAAAUGACCAGAACUGGCUUAUUCUGCUUUACCUGGUACAAGAAGGCUGUUUAUUUUAUGCUAAAAUCUUUUUAUCAUCAGUAUUUCAUGUCACUGUACCCAGUUAAUAACAUCUUUAGAUGCUACAAGUGAGCAGUAGAUUAUACCUCUGUGAUUUUAUUAAAUGUUUUUUGUUACAUGAUG